UCUCUCUUCUCUUAUUUGUUUAUUCGCAAAGGCUGACAUGGAUCUUUUGUAGAGAGCUCUUAGCCGUUGUGGGUGCCCUUACAGCAGGUACUAUAGUAGGGAAUCCCUUCCUAGUUUCCAUCACCCAUCUGCAUCAUCUCCACUCUCUUCUUCUCCGUCGCCCCCGCCGAUUAAUACAAUACUGGGCCAGAUCCUUCUGCAGCUAGAAUCAUUCCUCGACGAUCCAUCUCCAUUCUCCGGCGGCCGCCAUCCGAUUCCAUCAAUCCGAUGGCUGCACGCUAGUAUAAUACUAGCUGAUUCCAGGCGCCAAGAUCUUGAUCAAUUAAUUAUAAGUCCAUAUUGAUCGGUCGAUCGAUCCAUCCGUUCCAUAUGCAGAGGUCGCAGCAGCAGCAGCAGGGGCAGGGCUCCCCACCACCAUCGGCUAGCUCCUGCAAGCGGCCGAGGACGGCGAUGAAGCCGCUGCCGCCGGCGCACCUGGCGGCGCUGCGGGGGAGGUACGAGCUGGUGAGCGUGAGAGGCCAGGGCAGCUUCUCGGAGGUGUGGGAGGCCCGGCACCUCCGCACGGGCCUCCGGGUGGCCAUCAAGAUCCUCUGCCACGCCAAGAUGAGAGCCGCCAAGCUCAAGCCGGAGCGCGAGCCCCGCGUGAUGCGCCUGCUCAGCCUCGGCCGCCACCCGCACGUCGCCCGCUUCUACGAGGCCAUCCGCCCCCCCGCCGCCGGCGACAAUCAGUACACCUACAUCGUCAUGGAGCUCGCCGAGUCGGGGGAGCUCCACGACCACGUCGCCGUCCGGGAGCGGCUGCCGGAGGCCGAGGCCCGCCGGAUCUUCCAGCAGCUGGCCGCCGCCGUGGCCUACUGCCACCGCAACAGGGUCGCGCACCGGGACCUCAAGAUGGAGAACGUGCUGCUGGACGCGGAGGGCAGCGUCAAGAUCGCCGACUUCGGAUUCAGCAAGCUCUGGAGCCCGGGGAAGAUGCAGAGCAGGAGCCUGGGGAGCCCGGAGUACGCGGCGCCAGAGCUGCUGGAGGGCCGCUCGUACCGGGGCCCCGAGGUCGACGUGUGGAGCUGCGGCGUCAUCCUCUACGCCAUGCUCUGCGGACGCUACCCCUUCGACGGCGCCGACAUGUCAGACCUGGCUAGGAACAUCAGGCGCGGCGAGUUCCGGCUGCCGUCGUGGGUCUCCGACGACGCCCGGGACCUCAUCUCCAGCAUGCUCAUUGUCAGGCCCGAGAAGCGGGCGACCUUGGCCGAGGUGACGGCGCACCGCUGGCUUCAGCCGGACAUGCCGCCGCAUCUGGCGAUGCCCCCUCCCGACGCCACCGCCGCCGCCGCCCGGCAAGGCGUCAAUGCCGCCACCGUAGAGCUGCUAGUGACGCGCCAUGGAUUCGAGAGGACCAGCCUUCUCCAGUCGAUCCGCCUCGACGACGGAUCCGAGGAGGCGGUCGCGUACCAGCUGGUCCUGAGCAAGCAGCACGACGCAGCUACCCUUUACCAGCUCUCCAUGCCGCCGCCGCCACCGCCGCACGGCCGGCACCAGUGGGCGCUGGACGGCGGCGAACUAGUCCUCCGCGAGUGUCCGCGCGAGACGAUGCGGCGCGUCGCCAAGGCGCUGGGGGAGCUGGGCGUGCGCAUCCUCUUCUACCACAGCCACCGCCACCGGAUGGUCUGCGCCCACGUCAGGGCUGCCGGCGGCGGCGGCGUCCCGACAGCCGCCAUCAUCCACAGCUUCAUCCGCCGCCACAAGGACUGCGGUGGCAGCAGCAGCUCGUCAGGGGCUGCAACUGCGACUGCAACCGACGACGACACCGCCGCCGUGGAGAGCUUAUCGGCGGCGGCGGUCUUCUUCGAGAUCCAGCUGUUGAAGGCCGGGGAAGGCAACGGAAAUAGUAAUUCGCAGCAGCAUCAGUACGUGCUGCAUCUGAAGAGGACUUCGGGGCCGCAAAUUCCCUACCUUCGCGUCUGCGCGCAGUUGGCAUCCAAGCUCAAAUCUAAUCCCUACUGAAUGAUCCAUCCCCACCCUUUCCAAUUCCAUCACUGAUAUAUGAUGGUGGAUGCUGACAAAUAAAGCGCCCAGGCUGUAAAAUUGUAUACGCCGGGUGACAGUGUACCAACCAAAAUGUCUUGUAAUUGGGUACUAGCAGUAGCACUACUACUAGCUAGGGAUCAUUUCUGCCACGUACGCUAUCGUGCGUUGCUACUCGUCGACACAAAAAGGUUUAUCGCCUCGAGUUACUUUAACAGUAUAUGGAUAAUAUCUAAACCGGGACUAAUUGGCCCCGGCAUGUA